GAGGGGGAGUGAAGUGAAAGCAGAGGGAAGCCCACUCUCUCUCUGACAGACAUAAAGUCUCAGACGGAGCGCAGGGGGGGAUGGAGGGUCUGCUGGAUCGCGGGGGGAUGGAGAUGGAGAGCUGUAGGUGUUCUCUGGUGGUCUCGGCUCGUCCUGUGGCUCGGCUGUGUGCUGUGUGGUGAUGCUGGAUGCUGGACCAGCCAACAGAAGCUGCCCUGACCGAGGAGGAUGCUGCACUGACCGGGACAUGGACUUUCUGUGGCCACUGACUCCUAAAACUGACCCCACAGACUGUUUUUAGCAUUAUCAAGCCGCAUCAGGAGCGACUGGUUUCUCUACGGGAGACAGAAAAAACGCGUUUUCUCAGGCCGCUCAAGUUUGGCCCCGGCGCGGCGCCGUCGAAAUGGGCGACAACAUGUCAAAGCGGCUGAAACUCGUCACGUCCUCCGAGUCGGAGAUGGAGGAGCGCUCGUUCCCGAACCCGUUCCCGGACUGGGAGCAGGGCGUGCUCGUGUCCUCGGGCUCCGGGGCGAACGGCGGCGGCAGCGGAGAAACUUUCGACGGGAGCGGAAAGAUCAGUGAGGCGUUUCAGAAGAAAGUACAGAACAAGAUUAAAGAUCUUCUCCAGCAGAUGGAGGAAGGGCUAAAGACUGCAGACCCCCACGACUUCUCCACCUACACAGGCUGGACAGGUAUUGCCUUGCUGUAUCUGCAGCUGCAUCGCGUGAGCAACGAGGCUGCUCAUCUUCAGCGUUCCCUCGAUUACGUCAAGCGCACCCUGCGGAACCUGAACGGCCGCCGCGUCACUUUCCUCUGCGGAGAUGCUGGACCACUAGCCGUGGGUGCAGUCGUCCACCACCGGCUCAACAACCAGGCCGACUCUAAAGAAUGCAUCACCAAGUUGCUUCAGCUCCAGCGCUCGGUCCUCAGUCCAGACUCGGACAUGCCAGAUGAGCUGCUGUACGGACGGGCAGGGUACCUGUUCGCCCUGCUCUACGUCAACAAAGAGAUCGGCUCAGACACAGUGGAUGAGAGCACCAUCUCCAAGGUGGUGACUGCCAUACUGGAGUCAGGGAAGAACCUGUCUAAAGAAGAGAAGAAGACUGAGCGCUGUCCGCUGCUUUACGAGUGGCACAAGAAGCAGUACGUUGGCGCAGCACACGGCCUGGCUGGCAUCUACUACAUGCUGAUGCAGCCCUCGGCGAAGGUGAAUGCUGAGAUGCUGUCUGAAUUGGUUCGGCCCAGUGUAGAUUACGUACGGCACAAAAAGUUCCGCUCAGGCAAUUACCCAUCAUCCCUCAGCAACGAGACAGACAGGCUGGUGCACUGGUGUCACGGAGCGCCAGGCGUGGUGCACAUGCUAAUAAUGGCCAAUAAGGUGUUUAAGGAUGAGAAGUACGUGAAGGAUGCGGUGGACUGUGGGGAGGUAAUUUGGCAGAGAGGAUUACUGAGGAAAGGAUACGGAAUCUGUCACGGCACGGCCGGUAAUGGAUACGCCUUCCUGUCCCUCUACAAACUCACACAGGAUCCCAAAUACCUGUACCGAGCCUGCAAGUUUGCUGAGUGGUGUCUCGACUAUGGAACACACGGCUGUCGUAUUCCAGAUCGACCAUAUUCUCUUUUUGAAGGUAUGGCUGGAGCGAUCCACUUCCUGUCAGACCUGGCCCAGCCCCAAGCCUCCUGCGUCCCUGCCUUCGAGCUUUGACCUGGGCCUCUGGUGGCAGCACUGACUCUUUUACUCCUACCCCUUUAUUUGAAGAGUUCUGAGAUUCUGGUGAAUUGGCGAGAAGACCACUGUCUCAGAACACAUUCGCACAGACGCAAAAAAAGAGAAAGAAAAAAAGAGAAAGAAAAAACUGUCCCAACCUUCAGCCUAUAACUUAUAAAACACGCCGCCUUGAGGUCUUGAGUCUGUGUAUCUCUGAAGUCUUCACCCCUGCUGUGCUUCUACUUUUUUAACGUAUGGACGGACGUGGGGAUGCUUUGAUUUUGUGUAUUAUGUCUGAGAAGAAACCUUCGUUGGUUCCCAUUCUUUAUUUAUCUUUUAAUCUCAAAAAGGGACGUUUUUUUGAAGGUUUUCCUGCGUCUGCAUGCUUGUGUGACUUUAGCAGUGCCUCGAUCGCCCCCUGUGUUGGUCUGUAUCCUCGUCGUCAGUGUGAAAGGGCUUUUUUCACGUGUUCCAGUCCCUGUGUCUUUGUUUGUGUCUUUGCAUUGCAUGGGGAUGGCUGAAGUGAGCAAGUGUCAAGUGUGGUGUGUGUGUGUGUGUGUGUGUGUGUGUGUGUGUGUGUGUGUGUGUGUGUGUACGUAUGCCUGUGGUUCAAAUAUUAACAUCAGUAACAUCACUUAAGCACCCAAAGUGCUGUAUGUAUGUAUGUAUGUAUGUAUGUAUGUGUGUAUGUGUGUAUGUGUGUAUGUGUGUAUGUGUGUGUAUGUGUGUAUGUGUGUAUGUGUGUAUGUGUGUAUGUGUGUGUGUGUGUGUGUGUGUGUGUGUGUGUGUGUGUGUAUGUGUGUAUGUGUGUAUGUGUGUAUGUGUGUGUGUGUGUGUAUGUGUGUAUGUGUGUAUGUGUGUAUGUGUGUAUGUGUGUGUGUGUGUGUGUAUGUGUGUGUGUGUGUGUGUGUGUGUGUAUGUGUGUAUGUGUGUAUGUGUGUAUGUGUGUAUGUGUGUAUGUGUGUAUGUGUGUAUGUGUGUGUGUGUGUGUGUGUGUAUGUGUGUAUGUGUGUGUGUGUG